UCCUACGUGAUAUUGUUUCAAAAUGUCUUUUGCAUCUUGAGAGUGACCGACGUCAUCGAAUGCUUCUGUUGAAUCCUUACCAGCAUAUUCAAUGAGCACUUCCUCGCCACCUUAAAUGUUCAGUCACAAAUUUCGACACCGAAUAAACUUCGUCAUGAAUGACGAUAUACAAAUCUUCGCGAGUAUUAUGAGUUGCAACUUCUGCUAAUGUAAAUUCCUGCAUGUUGGCUCGAGCUUUUCAAACUU